UUUCAGUUUGAAUACACAGUGAUUAAAAUCUAGACGAUGGAUGUUAGUCUCAUCUCGGCGCUUGGCUGUAACUGACGAGUAAUAAUGGGCUGCGUGUAUUUAAUACUGCUUGUUAGUUUGGUGAGAGCUACUGUUGCGGAUCUCUAUCCAGUACUGUCGGGUUUGGAUGAAGAUCUACCGGAGAAUUCUUUUAUGCCGAAUGAGCGAGCUACAAUCGAUGACUGUCACUUACGUCACUACAGGCAUGGAAACACUGGUAUAGUAGGACCGGCGUUUGCUAAGCCGGCCUUUUUAACGGAGUUUGCACACAUUGGAGCCAUCGGUUGGACUCAACCGGACGGCAAGAUUAUAUGGGGUUGUGGUGGCUCAUUGAUAUGGAACAACUUCAUUAUCACCGCCGCUCAUUGCACAGCGAAUGAUGAUAAUGUUUCCCCAGAUGUAGUUCGCUUCGGAGAUCUGAACAUAUACAGCGAUGAAGAUGAUAGGUACGCACAACAGUUAACGAUCGUGAGCAUCAUUCGUCAUCCCAAGUACAGUUUUAGUGCCAGAUAUUAUGACAUAGCGCUGAUGAAGUUAGACAACAAUGUCUCUGUGCACGAGACAGUUGCACCCGCUUGUCUAUGGCUAGACAAAGAAGUCCGGUUUAAGGAACUAGAAUCAGCCGGAUGGGGACAGACAGGAUUUGGUGAAUCUCCAACACCCAUUCUUUUAAAAAUUACUUUGAAACCGAUGAGCAAUGAGAAUUGCACCGAACAUUACACAUCCACUACCGUUCGAGGCUUGCAAAGAGGGCUUGAUCAGCAUCAUAUUUGUGCUGGAGAUGCUAAGAUGGACACAUGUUUGGGUGAUUCUGGAGGUCCUCUUCAUAUACGGCUACAGCAUAAUUACAAAGUAACGCCUUUCCUGGUAGGCCUAACCUCAUUUGGGCGACCUUGUGGACAAUCUCACCCAGGAGUGUACACCCGGAUAGCACCGUUUCGCUCAUGGAUUGUGGAAACACUGCAGAAAAACGGACUGACAGGACUGAGGAACAGUGACUUUGAUCCUGCCGACUGUGCUUUACGUCACGUUGCAAUACGACAGUUGGAUAUUUCGAACGUCGUAACUAACCAGUCCGGUGUGUUCGAAUCAUUCGAUAUACAGCGAGAGUAUAUUUCGCGCGAUUAUGUAGGGGAAAAAGUGCAGCUUAAAUGGCCUGAUACACUUACACCCCAGAAAAACAAUUGUAUGGGCUCCAUUAUUGAUCACAACAUAGUAGUUACGUUGGGUGAUUGUACCUCGCAUGCAGGAUUGCAACCAUCGCAUGUAUUACAUGCUGAAAGAACCGACAUUUGGGUACGGGACACUCCAGUUCUAGAUGAAAAGUUGUACAAUGUGAUCGAGAUACACUUGCAUCCAAACUAUAUUAACGGUUCCUACUACAACAAUAUAGCGAUCUUAAAGAUCGAUCGAUCAUUUAACACUCUACCGGCUUGCAUUUGGAAUGCUCCAAAUCUACCAGAUCCGUUGAUCGAAGUAGCAACUGUUGGGAGAGUUGACUUGAUUAUAUAUCAGUACAAAGGAAACACCAUAUAUGAUCCCAGCUAUGCGUCGCUAACUCCCCGAGUUUACGCAUACGACAAUACAAACUGUUUACUUGCAGAUCAAUAUAAAAAAAAUCUGGUCGAAGGACUUGCACAUCAGCACCUGUGCUUUGGUAAUGACCCAUUUCUGGUGCCUGAAGUGUGUAACCUUACCAGUGGUGGACCGCUUCAACGUUCAGUUUUUCGCCUUCAACACCAUUACAAGCAUGUGUACGGAAUUAGCCUUUUUGGAAGAGAUUGUGGUUACGGCGAACCUGCAGUAGCUAUUCGACUGCAUGCUCAUAUGAACUGGCUAGAGUCGGUGCUUUUACCCGCCAAAUUGCCAAGCCAAAAUUCUCACUCUCUAGAUGCUGUUCAAUUCAUCAACUCCGAUCUGGAAUUGUUUGAUCGCUGUGAUUUUUACGAUGAGUCGGUUGGACUUUGUGUUCCCACUGAACGUUGUAGACGAGUUCGGCAACGCUUAGAACAAAAUGAAGCCAUGAUAUUCUGUGGGAAUGGGACGAUCAUAUGCUGCCUACCUAAGGACGUCUUGGAUGAUGAACAGCUGCUUAACGAUGAAGAUCAACAGUUAGAAGAUUGUGAAAAUCGUUUCGAGUCAUUCCGUCGGCGAAAUUUUCUUAGUAGUGCGGAGCAGCCUCAACCGACGCCACAUAUAGCGGAGGUAGUUUGGAUGAAUGAAAAGACUGGUGCUCAAUAUACACUAUGUUUGGGUUAUCUCAUAACCACUGGAACUGUAAUUACGAGCGCUGCGUGCACCGAGAUUGUAAACCGCAAACCCAAUAUGUUGUUAUUUGGUACCAUCCGGAGUCAAUAUGAAGAUUUUCCUAUUCGAGCACCAAUUGCAACUAUUAUUCGCCAUCCACAGUAUGAGUCUGCUACAGGAGCAAAUAAUCUUGCUCUAAUAAAACUAAGCGAUCCCAUAAAACCCACCGCAGCGAUCUUCCCCGGUUGUUUGUGGAGAAACAAAACACACACACCGUUGGUGGCAACACUACAGACCUUUGUUCAAUCACAACUACGGCAAUCAUCGGUGCAUCCCGUCUACGAUUCUGAUUGCAAGCGGUACGUAAAAACGUCAUUGCACGGUGGGGAAUUUUGUAUGCAUUCUACGACCUCGCAAUCAACAAACACAGCAGGUCUUAUCGUUUGGCGCGGAAAAGGAACCAAAAACGCUCCGGUUGAGUAUUUGAUCGGGGUAUACAGCCGCGGUGGCAACUAUGAAGCUGACGAGCCGCUGAUUAAUAGCCGUAUUUCGGAAUAUGUUCCAUGGAUAAUAGAUAACCUUUACACUGAAUCAGUCUAAUGAGAGCAUUUAUGCUUCUAAUAAAACUAGCAGUUUUUAGGUGAUUCUCUUAAUCUUAAGCAAACUAUCGCACAAUAAAAAAAUAGUCAUUGUAUAUGUGAAAAUGACUGAAAUAUUUA